AUGAUUAUACAAGACGUCAACAGCAUAAUAAUUGAUGUCCUGAGCGUCAGCACUCAUGAAAAACCGCUAUGCAAAGUGAUCCAGGAAGAUAGAAUUCUGAAGAUGUUGGACAUGGCAAAAGAAGUCGUCAAAGGUCAGGGAGCACUCGUUGAAGUGGAUGCUCCAAUGAAGGUGUGCGGGGAUAUUCAUGGGCAAUUCCCGGACCUUAUUCGUCUUUUUCAUCGUGGAGGAUGGCCACCAACUGCCAAUUAUUUAUUCCUUGGCGACUACGUAGAUCGUGGAAGAUACAGCAUUGAAGUCAUUGUUCUUCUGUUGUCCUACAAGGUCAGAUUCGCCAAAAACUUCUUCUUGCUUCGUGGAAAUCAUGAAUGUGAAUAUGUAAAUAAGACGUAUGGAUUCUAUGAAGAAUGCCAAAAAAGAUACUCAAGUACCCGCUUGUACGAGGCGUUUCAGGACGUAUUCAACAUUUUGCCUCUCUCUGGUCUCAUUGCUGAACGAAUUCUGUGUAUGCACGGUGGCCUUUCACCUCAUUUAAAAUCGCUCAAUGAUCUGAGAAAUAUUACGAGACCGACUGCAGGAAAAACUGGAUUGGAAGUGGAUCUGCUAUGGGCUGAUCCAAUUUGCGGUCUCAACGGUUUUAUGGAGAACCAACGUGGAGCCGGAUGUGGUUUUGGAAGAGAUGUUGUGUUGAAAACAUGUGCAGAUCUCAACCUUGAUCUUGUCUGUCGAGCUCAUCAAGUCGUCCAGGAUGGUUACGAGUUUUUCGCUAAUAGAAAACUAGUGACAAUCUUCUCCGCUCCUCACUACUGUGGUCAAUUUGACAAUUGUGCAGCUUUUAUGACAUGCGAUGAGAAACUUCAGUGCUCAUUCGAAGUACUUCGCCCAACAAGUGGACGUCUGGAAAUCCGUGAGAAAACUUUGCUGAAGGAUGAGAGCUCGUGA